UUCUAUCUUGAGGACACGUACAUAACACACGCCUGAACCACUGUCUAGCCGCCUCAACAAGCUCCUCUCCAGAGAGACCCCAGGCCAUGGGAGGAGGCACCAGCAAGACCAAGCCCCAAGAGGGAGCGACGGGGCUGAACCUGACCAAGGACGAGAGACGAUUCCUUCAGAGAUGUCUCUACAGUCUCCCCUUCCCUCCCGGUACCAUCAACGCGGAGAUGGUGGCCGCUGCCUCCAAGAUGAUAGAGAGGCUGGAAUACCACGAUCCUGUUAAAAUCUUGACAAAAGGUGGUCGAGCCAAGGGUAUCUAUAUCCUAGUCAAAGGUCAGGUAAAGGUCAUAUCGGCAAGCGACGAACCUGUCGCCAUCCUGUCUCCUGGAGAUUUCUUUGGAGAAAUCUCAACCCUGUUCUACGUCCCUGUAACAGCUACCGCCCAGUCCUCGGCUAAAGCACAGUUCCUGUUACUGAAAGACGAGAAUCUGAGGAAGGCGAUUGGGGAGGUGGUGUCGACGGAUCUGAUGGACUACUACGUGAGACAACGCUACUUUGAUACCAGCGGCAAGCUGGACCAGGCGGAGCUCAUGAGUAGGAUAUGCCUAAAUACACUGGAAAAGAUUCCACUCUUUAGCAAGUGGAAGGGGGAUGCCUGUUCGUCUCUAGUGAAGCAAUGCAAGGAAGAUAUUGGCAUCCAGUACCCAGUCUUACUGAUUCCAGACAGGACGAUGCUGGUCAUGGAAGAGGACAAGUCAGAGGAGGUUGUCAUUGUCACAAGGGGCAAAGUGGAGAUCACAAGAGAGAAAGAAUCCAUUGCAGUCAUUGAUGUUGACAGGUGGCCAUUCUGGAUUGGUGAAGAAGGUCUCUUCACUAGCAUCGAUAACACAUGUGCAGCCCGUGCUAUAGGCCCUUGCCAAGCCAUUAGGAUCAAGAAAUCUACCAUUCAAAACAUCACUAACAAAUUCAAAGUUGAGGCAGGGUAUGAUUUUGAGAAGCGAGCAAAAGUCUGGGAGUCAAGACUAGGCUAUCAGAGGCAGCUGUCUGAUAGAAUGAAAGCCGAAGUACUCCUCCCUGUAAGUUCAUGCUUUGCAUUCAUAUCAAUAUUCAUUGCAUAG